AUGAGUGAGACCUGUGUGCUAUGGACAAACUGGGCCAACCUGCUAAAGAAGCAAAUACAACAUCUGGUGACUGAUUUCCUAGGAGGAGACCUCAGCUAUGCCUACAUAUUCCUGGGCACAUAUCAAGCCAUUGCCACCACCCAGGAGGUGCUGGACUUCCUGUUUGGAAGCAGUUUCUCUGUUUUGAGAGCACCAAAACAUGUAUGUGGACUGGACUGUAUCAUAGCCAGAAGAGGGAUAAAUGACAUGAUAUCCCUUCUGAAUUAUGAAGAUGCUGUAUUAGAUCCAAGCUCCAUUGUCCCUUUAAUAGAUGGGGGGACAGAAGGUUUUAAAGGAAAUGCCCAGGUGAUUCUGCCUGGAAUGACUGCUUGUAUUGAAUGCACACUAGAACUGUAUCCUCCACAGGUUAGUUUUCCCAUGUGCACCAUUGCGUCUAUGCCCAGGCUACCAGAACACUGUAUUGAGUAUGUAAGGAUACUGCAAUGGCCUAAGGAGCAGCCUUUCGGAGAAGGAGUUCCAUUAGAUGGAGAUGAUCCUGAUCAUAUUCAGUGGAUUUUCCAAAAGUCCCUCGAGAGUGCAUCACAAUAUAAUAUUAGGGGUGUGACCUAUAGACUCACUCAAGGACUAGUAAAACGAAUAAUUCCUGCAGUAGCUUCUACAAAUGCGGUCAUAGCAGCUGUGUGUGCCACUGAGGUUUUUAAAAUAGCCACAAGUGCAUAUAUUCCUCUUAAUAAUUACUUGGUAUUCAAUGAUGUAGAUGGACUAUACAAAUACACAUUUGAAGCACAGAGAAAGGAAAACUGCCCAGCUUGUAGUCAGCUUCCUCAAAGUAUUCAGUUUUCUCCACCUGCUAAACUACAGGAGGUUUUGGAUUAUUUAAUCAAUAGUGCUUCUCUGCAGAUGCAAUCUCCAGCCAUCACAGCUACAUUAAAGGGAAAAAAUAGAACACUUUACCUACAGUCAGCAACCUCUAUUGAAGAACGAACAAGGCCAAAUCUCUCCAAAUUGUUGAAAGAAUUGGGACUCGUUGAUGGGCAAGAACUGGCAGAUGCUGAUGUCACCGCACCACAGACUGUACUAUUCAAACUUCAUUUUAUUUCUUAA